GAAUCCAUUCAAUUUUUCUUUGCUUUCUCUUCUCUUCUAAACUCUUUCAACAUCUAUCAUCUUUUUCGUCUGAUUCUCAGCAUCCAUGGCCACGCAAGAAAGAGGUAGGCCAUUGCCGAAAUUCGGAGAGUGGGACGUGAACAAUCCGGCAACAGCAGAAGGUUUCACAGUGAUAUUCAAUAAAGCAAGAGAUGAGAAGAAGAUUGCAAAAAAUCUCCCAACAGAGAAACUUGCCACCCAAGAAAAGAAAUAUAAUGCACCUCACAAGCCUGUUGCUUACACAAAACAUCCCCAAAAGCAAAAGAGUAAGUGGUUUUGCUGCGGUUAAUAAUCCAAGAAGGCGUGACAGGGGAAUUGGAUUCCGAGAACGACUAUUAGGAAAGGGGAUCCUUGUACAAACCCUAGAUGUUGGUUUACGGGGACCAGAUUCUUGAAAAAAAAUCCCCAAUUGUU